AAGCGGAGGGGGGGGGGGCCCCGCUUUGCGGUGUCGCCGCAAGGAAGGAAGGAAAGCAAGGAAGGAAGGAAGGAAGGCAAGGAGGCUGGAAGAUGGUGUGGCGGCUGGGGCUCGGGGGGGCCGGCGCCCCUCUGCUCCUGCUGCUGCUGCUGGCGGGGCCCGGCGCGGGUCGGAAGCCCCCCAAAAGGAAGUGCCCGCUGGGCUGCACCUGCACCAAGGACACCGCGCUGUGCGAACGGGUCAAGGAGAUCCCCCCGGACCUGCCUCAGCACCUCGUCUCCCUGUCUCUCAUUCGCUCGGGGUUCACGGUGAUCCUAGAGGGCAGCUUUCAACAAGUGCCAUCUCUUCAGCUGCUCUUGAUCACAUACAACUCCCUGGAACUGAUUGGGGACGACGCCUUUGCAGGACUCGUACACCUGGAGUAUCUAUUCAUUGAGCAAAAUAGGCUUGAAACGAUCUCCAAGAAUGCCUUUCGUGGCCUGAAGAAUCUUCUACAUCUGAAUUUGGCCAACAAUAACCUGCAGACGUUGCCAAGACACUUGUUCCGGGGCUUGGAUUCUUUGACUUCAGUGGACUUGAGGGGAAAUGCUUUCCAUUGUGACUGCAAGUUGAAAUGGCUGGUGGAGUGGUUGAGCCAAACCAAUGCCUUGGUGGAACCCAUCGAGUGCCGAUCCCCACCUGAGCUGAACCGCACCAGCCUUAGUGAACUCCGUCUGGGGGAAUUUGACUGCAUCACUACGGACCUUGUUCUCUUUGAUACCCUGCCUGAACAAUCGCUCUCUGUAGAAACCUUCACCUACAAUGGAGAACAGAACUUGGUGGUUGCCCAGCCUUUUACUGGACGCUGCAGCUUCUUAGAGUGGGACCACGUAGCAGGGAAAUUCCGCAACUAUGCCUACAUCAAUGGUUCAUCCACAGUGGUCUGCAAGCCCCUGGUGAUCGAGGGUGAGCUCUUUGUGAUUGUGGCCCAGCUGUUCAAAGGCUCACACAUCUACAAACGGCACGAAGCAACAGGCCAGUUCCUACACAUGCAGGUGAUAGAGAGCUCCCGCAUGCGUAAACCCAAUGACAUUGAGGUCUUCCGUGUAGAAGGGGACUGGUAUUUCAUCAUGGCUGACAGCUCCAAGGCUGGCUCAACCACUCUAUACCGCUGGAAUGGUCAUGGCUUCUAUUCUCACCAAUCGCUGCACCCCUGGUACCGCGACACGGAUGCCGAAUUUCUGGAGAUUGCAGGCAAGCCCCAUCUCAUCCUGGCCAGCAGCUCCCAGCGUCCUGUCAUCUACCAGUGGAAUAAGAAGGAGUUUGUGCGCCGCACGGAUAUCCCUGACAUGGAUGAUGUCUAUGCGGUCAAGCAUUUCAAAGUCAAGGAGGAUGUUUACAUUUGCCUGACUCGCUUCCUCGGUGAUUCCAAGGUGAUGCAUUGGGAUGGUUCCAUGUUCCGAGAUGUCCAGCAGAUGCCUUCCCGGGGAUCUAUGGUCUUCCAGCCACUGACCAUUGGUGGCUACCGCUAUGCGUUUCUAGGCAACGAUUACUCUUUCAGCAAAGUAUACCGCUAUGACCCCAUCACUGGGCUCUUCCAACACUUCCAAGAGCUGAACACCCAGGCCCCGCGCUCCUUUGCUCACCUCAGCGUGGACCAGCGAGACUUCCUUAUCGCCUCCAGCUUCAAGGGCAAAACGCACAUCUACCAGCAUGUCAUCAUCGAUCAGAGUGCCUGAGGCUGGUGAUGGUGGGGUUGUGGGCAUCAGCAGAGGAGGCAGCCACUGCGGGGAAGAGAGGAGGUGCAGGAACGGAAAGCAGCAUCAGCCCCUGAAGGAAGUUCAGUGCCAAAGGGAACCACCAGGGCGCAGCACUGGAAGCCGAUGCUGCUGCUGGUAGCACAACUUCUCCAGUGGCCCCAAAUGGGAGUGCUGGGCAACAGUUAGCCAGUGGUGAAAAUCAGGCAACUGAGAACCAUCAUCAAUUGCUAGUGGGUGCAAAGAAUGGCAGGAGGAAUCCUCAACAGGAUGCUUACAUUAUUGCUUUACCCACUAGUAGGUAAUAAAGAGAUCCAGCGAUUUCUGGAGAUGGUAGGACCAGAGGCCCGCAUGCUUUCAAUGGGGCUAAACGAAACCUCAUCACCAAUGAAGCACAUAGGUUUGGAGAGGCAGAACCUUGCCAGUAAUCACUCCGAAUCGUGUCCCCAGCAAGUUACUUUUCCCCCAGUUAGAGUGGAUACUCUUGCAUUUCAGUUUCAUUUCUCAUCCUGACUUAGGAUGCUUGUUUCUUUUGUAUUUUUCACCCCCUCUCCCAACCUCUAUUCCCUUUUAAAGGGGUUCAGUGGAAACCAUUACCGAUUGCUUAUUUUCUCCGCUUGCUUGUUUUUACUAUAAAUUAUUUUAUUUUGAAAAUGCACGAUUCCUUUAAAAAAAGUAUUCAUGCAGUCCGGCACAAGAUAGUUGUAACUAACAGUGCAAUCCUACGCAUGCCUGCUCAAAAAGCGAGGGUGUCUAGGACUGAAGCAUAAAUGUCGUUUAAGAAACAGCAAAGGGCUGUUCCAGGCUUUCACUGAGGCAAGCAGCAUGAUCCCUAUGCAUGCUCAUAUGGAAAUCUCAUGGCAUUCAGUGGCACGUAGCCCCAGACAGAAAGAGGUUGCAAUUACUGCCUGCUCAGUUGCGUCAAAUGUGUUUUAACUAUCAUUUUCAAUCUUACACUUUAUUGUUUAUUUUUUAAAGAAAUUAUAGAUAUGAUUUCAGGCAUUGUGCCAUGUCAAGUUGUUAAAACACAACUAAAAGCACAAACUUAACUUUAAGCACACAAGGAUCUCUCAUAGAUCUUUACAGGGUGGGGUGGGGUUGAGAAAGAAAAACAAGAUGGCACAGGAUAGGUUGAACGGAUUGAUAAGGUGGGUAGGUAGAAGAGAAUGCAGAUCUAGAACAGGUUCUGUCAAGGAGGAGUUGGACAUGACAGUGAACAAAUACAGUAUUUAUGCUUUACCUGUAAAUAACCAGCAUGUUGUUCAAAUCCAUCAGACCUUUCUCCAGUAACGGGCAGCACUGACUACAAGGAAUACAUAUACUAAAGUAUUUUAUUCCCAUGCUGGAAUCAUAAGGAUGUGAGGCUGGGAUCACACAGGUGAAGAUGGAACACACCACACGAGGUAUCUUCCAAAGGACAGACUAAUAUCCUCUUCUGUCUCCCAUUCAUGAUGUGGGAUCCCACAUGUGAGCAUUGUAAAUAAAAAGAAAUAUAUUGUU